AUGAAAGUUCGUCAGCAAUUAGUGCAAUUCCUUAACUUAGCAUAUGUACUUUCCUCUGCAUUCAUGGUGUGGAAGGCACUUUCUGUGGUGACCAACUCUCACUCCCCCAUUGUGGUUGUGUUGUCUGGAUCCAUGGAACCUGCGUUUCAAAGAGGUGAUAUUUUGUUCCUUUGGAAUAGAGAUCAGCAAGCGCAUGUUGGCGAUAUUGUGGUGUACGAAAUCCAGGGAAAAUCAAUUCCAAUUGUUCACAGAGUAUUGAGAGAACACCACAAUAACGAGAAGCAGUUGCUCUUAACUAAGGGUGACAAUAAUGCAGUUGAUGAUUUAGGGUUAUACGCGAAGAAGCAAGGUUAUUUGAACCAGGCCACGGAUUUGGUGGGUACUGUAAAGGGUUACUUGCCAAAGGUUGGUUAUGUUACCAUCUUAUUAACUGAGAAUAUAUAUUUUAGAUAUGGUAUAUUAGGUAUUAUGGGAAUAUCUAGUUUGCUCACGCAAGAAUAA